UGAUUAUCUCGUCCAAGCUUCAUACGAUUCUGAUUCAAAGAGCCCUGCCCUUGGCGUAGGGAUAGGGUCUCGUCCGCAGGUCAGCUUUGUCGUGAUGAAGAAACAAAUGAUCUUGGUGGCCCUAACUUUUUCUAUUUGCUUUAGCCCGGAUUUCGGUUACAUGUCCGUGGUUACUGCUCUCGUCAACGCUCCUGAUGCAAGGCAGCUGCUAUAGCUGCUUUGUUUUUGUUAAUACUACUAGGUCCCUACAAGAAGAAGAACGAAAAUUGACACAACGAGAACUCUACUAUUGACGGGCACUAACUUUUAUCGUGGUCUAUGAAAUUAAUUGUAGUGCCACCCACGCUCUGCCAAAGUGUGUGGCACUCUCUUGUAAGAUUUUUAGACAGUAGUAGAAGAUGUAGUAGUCCGCAUUCAAGAGAGCCUUGCCUUUGGCGUAGGGAUAAGGUCUCUCCGUGGGAAAAAGAAUCUUCCUGCGUAACUGUUUUUACUUCCAGUGGCUGCCAUUUACGGGAAUGAGAAAGUGAAGCUAAAAGCAGGAGCCGUAGAUACACAAGUUGUAGCGCUGUUUGUAACGAAGAACGACCACGAUAGAAGAUGUUGUAAUUUCAGAGCCUCUAUCAUCAUGCUGCGCAACGUUGGAAAGACGCUGCCUACAGGAGCUGCAUUGGUGAGCAGCAAACUGUAGCACUGGUCGUCGGAGUAGGCUUUAGUACUAUAUAUUUCUUCUUGAACAAGAUACAACGCGUUGUUAUAAACACGCUGUCUACUUCAGUUCUAGUUUCUAACAUGCACAGAUGAAACUAGUUCUGCGUCAGCAGCACGAUGGGGAGGCCUUUUCGGAUCCACAUGCUGACGACCUCGAACUCGAUUCAUCAUAUCGCUUUCAUCCUGCUGCUGUUUUUACGGAUACAGUCUUCAUCUCUACUAGAUAUAAUGCGGAGCUUAUUCUCCGUAUUCACUUCACCGUCCUGCUUGUGGAUGUUGGUAGGUCAUCUGGUGUAUUGUUUAGUAACCGGAAAGCCGGUCAUGAAGGAAUCGAAACGAUCUGAGUGGUUUCGUAACUUUUUCUAUUUGCUGUACCACGGAUUUUGGUCAUUACAUGUCCGCGGUUACUGCUCUCGCGCUGGUUAACGCUCCUGACGCAAGGCAGCUAUUGUAGCUGUUUUGCUUUUGUUAGUUCCCUACAACGAAGAUUGAUUGAGACAAAAAGAACUCUAUCGAGGAAGGGCACUAUUUUUAUUUGAUAGUGUCUAUGAAGAAAUGAAUUGUUGUAAUGCCACCCACGCUCUGUGCACUCUCGUGUAAGAUUUUUAGACAGUAGUGGAAGACGUAGUAGUCCGCAUGAAGUAGAUUCUCAUCCUUCGAUGUAAAAGUGCUGAUGCGCGUUCUGUUUUUACAUCGUCGGAGAUUAUACGAAGGCGCACUACAUCAUCCUGACAAGAUAGACAUGAAAAACACACAGACGCUUCACUGUUGAAAGAGACGAGACGCGAAGCCUGAGCGGAAUGCGAAGGAAUAGCGGGGACAGUGCUGCAAGUACCACUUACACUUAGAACAUUAAACAGUGACGAUGGAGGAAGCUUUUGUUCUGGUACUCGAAGUCAAGAACUAUUUUUCAAGCCACCUCCGAGUCAAUAGCCUUCAACUUUAUCAUCAUCUUGUCAAUACAUUUUUAUCGCAUAAAGAAGCAACAAACUACACUUGAAAAAUGGUACUAUGGUACUCCUACAAAGACAGCCACGAAGAUGAGCACCACGAUCUGUCUUCUUCGCAGAAAAAAAAAAGUUUACUUGUCUUCAU